UUCAGAGGCUGAGGCCACAAGAAAAAUCAAGCAGGGGCACCUGAUUUGAAAUACAGCAACCAUCAUGGCUGCGAAGAAAUGCAAAGGGAUAUCCUCCAAGCCAAGGAAGCAUCCAGUGUCCCGCUCUACAAGAGCACAACUACAGUUUCCUGUUAGCCGUGUGGAGCGUUACCUUCGAGAGAACGGCUAUCUUCGCCUGUCGGCCUGCACACCGGUUUUCCUCGCUGGAAUUCUUGAAUACCUGACAGCCAGUGCCCUGCACCUGGCAGCUAGAGUGGCUCAUCGCAGGCACAAGAAACGCAUCUCCCCUGAGCAUUUGGCGAGGGCACUAGAGAAGAGUGAGCAACUUCGUCAGGUUUUUGGAGACAGCACCAAAGCUCUCCUGGAUGAGAUCAUCCAAGCCAAGAAGAAGUGAUUAGGCCUGCUUCUCCCAGUCUGGGGACACCUUGUGAACAGCCUCAUCUUGCCCUCAAACAUCCACAGAUGUGUCAGCCUUUUCUAUUGUCAUCAGACUGGUUAAUAAAGUGGUUAAACUGA